AGACAGGUAAGCUGCCUUUCGUUUCGUCCCGAAUCCCGAUGCGCUUUCUGCCGUUCUACACCGAAAAUGGAAAUAUCAGAAAACUACGUCGUAACCAUGUUGUUACACGCGGGAGGAAAGAUGAGGAAUUCCGACAUUGUGGGGGUUAACUGCGAGGAUCCCGUGGAAAAGAAACGAAACAGGGACCUCAUAAAGAACAUUAUAAACACUGUGGCAGUCGUGAAGGAGCUAGAAGACGGCAAAUAUAUUGUUCUCAAAAAGAAAUAUCACCAUUUACUUGACCAAUCAAGCAGUGAACACGAGAACGCGAGUGCAGACGACCUGGCAAACAGAUAUGACAAAGUCCAAGACGAGCGCAGCAGUUCACAUUUUCAAGGUGGAGACAGCUGUUUAUCUGAGCGUAAUGAGGACAGAGAGCACACUGUAGACAGCUGUGGAGAAGCCUCUCCCACCAGCCCUGAUGACCACUCACCUAUUCUGCUGGCCCUGCAGAGAUCCAGAGGCAAACCUGUCGACCUGAAGCCCAGAAAGUCCAUCAACUUUGUCAGAUCACAGGUGAUAACUUUAAACGAAUCUUCCAAAGGAGAGCAAGAGUUGUUUCCUGGCCAGGCUGCUACACUCAGCCCCAAUAAGCCCUGUGCCCUGCCAUUAAGGCUGCCUUUAGCAGCAACACACACAUCAGAAGACCCCAAUGAGGAGGACUACGUAGAGACGUCAUUCCAGGGGGGCAGAGCGGAGAGCGUCCCCAGUACCCCGAGGAACAAGAGGAGGCCCUCCGUGGAGUCGUGGGUCUCCGGCUCCCCGCUGCUCCUCAGGCGCGGCUGUAAGAACUCGCGGCCCGCGGAGCAGCAGCAGGAGCAGGUCAAGCACUCGCUCGUGGUCCCCCUGGAGCGCAGCGAGCACGACUGGCUGGUGAAGUCCGCAGCGGGCCAGUGGGAACAGGUGUACGGCCUCCUCCUCCACGACGUCCAUCUGGCCCAGAAGAGCGACUUCAUCUCCGGCUUCACCGCCCUCCACUGGGCCGCCAAGUGCGGAAACAGCUCCAUGGUCACCAAGAUCAUCGAGUUGUCACGGCGACACGCUGACGGCGGGGGCGGGGGGGUGGACGUGAAUGCGCGGUCUCACGGCGGCUACACGGCCCUGCACAUCGCAGCUCUGCAUGACCAGGAGUACAUCAUGAGCAUGCUGGUCAACCAAUACGAGGCAGACACACGCGUCCGCGACAACAGCGGCAAGAGGGCCUACUGCUACCUACACAAGGGGGUCUCACACGCCGUCAGGGAGCUUCUGGGGGAGCCCCCCCGGGCCCCCCGUCCCCCCCGCCAGGCCACAGUGGCGGCCCACCAUGCGGAGAGGGAGGAUGGGGAGGUUGUCAAGGGGGGUCACCACCCCCACCCCCACCACCACAAGGAGCACCACUCCACCCUCUCCCGCCUCUUCCAGGCGCACGCCAAGGCCAAGCCCAAGCUGAGGGAGGUCUUCUACUCCGCUAGUGAGGACAUCAGAGACGCCAUCAUGUCCGCCAGCGAGGAGAUCAAGCCCAAACUCCGAGAGGCCUUCUUGUCCGUCGGAGAGGAGCAGAGGAGCAGACACACAGACGACACCCGAAGUAAGCACCCAGACGACACCAGGAGCAGACACACAGACGACACCAGGAGUAAGCACCCAGACGACACCCGCCCCAGAGAGGCGGAGGAGCAGCGGUUCAGACGUAAGGAUGUGUUCUAUUCCAGCGAGGAACCAGAGGAGGUGUAG